CCUCAGACGGGAUGUGAUGUAAAAACAGAAACUUUUUUCUGUCUCCGGAGCUGAGCGGAUCUUUCUCGGUCUGAGUUUUUGGUUCUGAAGGAGCCGAAAAUCAGGAUUAUUUUAGGAAACUGCGGAUUUAACGGACCUUUAAACCGCGCUGCAGGAGAGAAGCCGAACCGAACCAGAGGGGGAAGCUGUAAAGCUGCUGUUGGACCCGGACAGGAACCAGGGGAAACAGAGAUGUAGCGCUGUGUUGGUGUGACUGUUGGACCAUCAUGCACCUCCUUCUGCUGCUGACCCUUCAGCUUCCAGCAGCCAUCGGUCAGAUCGAUCCAGAACAUUGUCGCUAUGCACUGGGCAUGGAGGAUGGACGAAUCAGAGAUGAGGACCUGACAGCAUCCAGCCAAUGGUACAAGACCACCGGGCCGCAGUACGCCAGGCUGAACUGUGAGGGAGGAGACGGCGCCUGGUGUCCUAAAGAACAGAGGGAGUCUACGGCCUCCGAGUUCCUGCAGAUCGACCUGCGCAGACUCACCUUCCUGACGCUGGUCGGCACACAGGGCCGGUGGGGCAAAGGUCAGGGGAGGGAGUUCUCUCAAGAGUACCGUCUGAACUACAGCCGGGACGGACAGCUGUGGAAGUCCUGGAAGAACCGGCUGGGAAAUGAGGUCCUGGAAGGAAACAAGGACACCUACGGCGUUUCUUCCAACGACCUGAAGCCGGCCAUCAUCGCGCGUUUCGUCCGCGUCAUCCCUGUCAGCCGGGCCACCACGGUGUGCAUGAGGGUGGAGCUUUACGGAUGUCCCUGGGAAGAUGGCCUGAUCUCCUACAGCGCUCCAGAGGGACAGCUCAUGGCGUUACCUGGGAAUCCCCACAUCAGUCUCAACGACUCCACGUAUGACGGCGUCCGUGAGAAGCGGAGGCUGCUUGGAGGUCUGGGUCAGCUGACGGACGGCGUGACGGGACUGGACAACUUCCUGAGGACCCACCAGAACAACGUGUGGUUAGGGUACGACUACCUGGGCUGGAGGAACGACACGCCGGGGACUCAGGGAUACGUGGAGAUGGAGUUUGUGUUUGACAAACGGAGGAACUUUACCUACAUGAAGGUCCACAGUAACAACAUGUUCACCCGCGGCGUGAAGAUCUUCUCCUCCGUGUCCUGUUGGUUUAAGCCCCACCUCACCGCCAGCUGGGAGCCAGAGCCGGUUUCCUUCGCCACCAUUUUGGACGACAGGAACCCGAGCGCCCGUUACGUCACGGUGCCGCUAAACUGCCGCACCGCCAGGUCCAUCCGCUGCCGCUUCUACUAUGCAGACGUUUGGAUGAUGUUCAGCGAGAUCUCCUUUCAGUCAGAAGACAUCAUACUUCCAACACAACCACCCAUGAUGAGGACCUCUGCUCCAGGAGAUGAGGAAAACACCAUGACACCUUCACCAAAGCCCAGCAAUAAUACGGCAGCCGCUCCAUCAAACAGCAGCACUUCAGAUGAGGGGAACACGCCCAUCCUCAUCGGCUGCCUGGUGACCAUCAUCCUCCUGUUGGUCAUCAUCAUCUUCCUCAUCCUGUGGUGCCAGUGUGUUUGCAAGGUGCUGGAAAAGGCUCCUCGUCAGAUUCCAGACGAGGAGAUGACGGUCCGGCUGUCGUCCUGCAGCGACACCAUAAUCCUGCAGACCCCCCCGGUGCCUCCACGGUCCAGGCAUCCUCCUGCAGGUCCAACCAACACUGAUCCGCACUAUGAGAGGGUCUUCCUGCUGGACCCGCAGUACCAGAACCCGGCGGUUCUGAGGAACAAGCUGCCGGAGCUGUCGCAGAGCGCCGAGGCCUCAGCUUGUGGGGGGGGCUACGCCGAGCCCGACAUCACCCAGUGCACCCCCCACCAGUCCUUCAAUAGCAACGCGCCGCACUACGCAGAGACCGACAUCGUCCGGCUGCAGGGCGUCACCGGCAGCAACAUGUACGCCGUCCCGGCGCUGACCGUGGACUCGCUGACCAGAAAGGACAUCUCCGCCGCCGAGUUCCCGCGCCAUCAGCUGAUCUUCAGGGAGAAGCUGGGGGAGGGCCAGUUUGGAGAGGUCCAUCUGUGUGAGGCGGAGGGACUCCCAGAGUUCCUGGGGGAAGGAUCGCCCCUCCCUGACAGAGACGGGCGCUCGGUGCUGGUGGCGGUAAAACAGCUGAGGGCCGACGCUACGAGUCAGGCCAGGAAUGACUUCCUGAAGGAGAUAAAGAUCAUGUCCCGUCUGGACGACCCAAACAUCAUCCGGCUGCUCUGCGUCUGCGUCUCCUCCGACCCGCUCUGCAUGGUGACGGAGUACAUGGAGAACGGAGACCUGAACAUGUUCCUGUCUCAGCGGGAGAUCGAGAGCACGCUGACGCACGCCAACAACAUCCCCUCCGUCAGCCUGUCGGAUCUCCUCCACAUGGCGGUGCAGAUCUCCUCUGGGAUGAGGUACCUGGCGUCUCUGAACUUCGUGCACAGGGACCUGGCCACCAGGAACUGCCUGCUGGACCGCCGCCUCACCAUCAAGAUCGCUGACUUUGGCAUGAGCAGAAACCUUUACAGCAGCGACUACUACCGGAUCCAGGGCCGGGCCGUGCUGCCCAUCCGAUGGAUGGCCUGGGAGAGCAUCCUACUGGGUAAGUUCACCACUGCCAGUGACGUGUGGGCAUUUGGCGUGACGCUGUGGGAGAUCUUCACUCUGUGUAAGGAGCAGCCCUACAGCCUGCUGUCGGACGAACAGGUCAUCGAGAACUCCGGCGAGUUCUUCCGGAACCAGGGCCGACAGAUCUUCCUGUACGCCCCCCCCCUCUGCCCGCCGUCUCUCUUUGAGCUGAUGAUGCGCUGCUGGAGCCGGAACAUCACGGACCGACCCACCUUUGAGGGACUUUACCAAGCCCUGAGGCCCCACGUCAACCAGUGAGCGCUCCGCCUUCCCCCAGCUGCUGGGACUCCUGCAGGGGGACGGACAUGGACAUGAUGGACCCGGGUUGUUCUGAGAACCGGGCCAGCUGAGGUCCGAUCCGACGGAGGAGGCGGACGGAGGAGGAACAUUCAGUCUGUGGUGAACUUCACAGCUUCAUCUUCUCCUAAAGGCCCAGAGGAACUUUAAUCAUUUCUAUUGUGCGCCAGAUGUUGCCUGAAACCCCACUUCCUUCCUGUCCUUGGUUUCCAUGGAGACCAGAAAGCAGACAGACUUCAGUAGUCGGUAGUUUUUUCCGUCUGUGGUUCUAGUUGUUGUUGUAAAGCACUGUCUGUGUCUCAGUUAUUUGUGUUCUAAGAUAAUAACCCACACUGGAGUAAAGUCAAAGUGUAGCGUAGAGUUUUUCUUUUUCAGGUUUUAUUUUGUCUUUUCCUGGUUUGACGUGUUUGGUCGUUUUUAGCUUCCUGUCUUCGUCCCGUAAUCCUGGAACAAAAACCACUCCUGCUACCAAAGACAAUUCAAGAUCCUAAAUUAAUAUUAGAAGAUUAUUUUUUACAAUGUUUAGAUACAAACUGUUGGAAAUGAUCAGAAAAUGUUCACGAUUUUUGGUCCCUCAUUUUAGAAAGUUAAACUUCCAUAGAUCUGUUACACAUAGAGUGAAACAUCCAGAACACGGAGACCGAAAGCCUCUACUUUAUAACAUGAUGGGCCAUAUUUUGCUCCUGAGGCCAGGAUAACUUUCCCUGCUGAGUUCGGACGAUACCACAGCUCUUAAGGCGGGACUUACGCAAACAAAGAUGGCAGCAACCAUAACAUUCAGGAACUUAUGUUCCUGGACAGCGUCCUCCACCAGAAUGUCAAUGAGAGCUCGGUUUCAGCAUCAUCCCAGGUCGCACCACGCUCUUUUGAUGCCAUCUAUUGUUAAGCUGAUAAGAAGCUCACUUUGUGAACGGUGCAGCAAUCUGUGACGAAAAACCUGCGAAAUGAGUCACCUGACUGUUAAUAGGAGAUCAGAGAACCGAGCAACACCUGAACCGUGCCGAGCCGUACUGUUGAACUAGUGCUACACUGGAAAAACGAUCUAGAAAUAAGUGAAAAGGCCUUAAAUUCAGCGUAUUUACCCUUAAUUCGAGUAGGUAAAUAAGAUAGUUUGCCAAUGGAAUGAAUAU